CUUGAUCUCACGUGGGAAAAUCCUCUUAAAAAGAAAACUAAACAGAGAUGAAAAGGAUGAAGCGAUGCACAGAUAUUCCGUGACUUGUAGUAGGAGUGGACGAGAACACACAAAGAGGCCGGCCGGGUGUCUAUGACAAACACGAGGCGCCUGAGGGGAGUAGUCUAGGCUGUUUGGCUGAUCCCCAACUCCCCAACCUCCCCAACGCUCAGCUGACAGAUGAGGGCCCAGAAGGUGGCUAACAGGAUGAGGCCAGGCAGCCACGUGGCCCCGCAGAGGAUUACAAGCAGCAAGAAGAAGGUAAAGAGAUUAAACUAAGAGCACAACCUGCUUUUUUAACCUUGUCACUGUUGUCACACUGACAGCGGGAAGAAGGGACACAGAAUUCCAACCAUUCCUUGCUCCUUGUGUUCGUCCAUCCAUGCAGCCACCUCUGCCAACUGCAUCCAGGACUGAAAUCAAACCGCUGCUGAGGAGCUGAACAUAAGAGUAGGAAAAACACUCUGGACUCCCACCGCUGAUGCAUGCUAACAAGCUGAAGACCUUAUCAGCACUCAUGUGGAGACUUAAGCACACUUUGCCAGUGGACUCAAGAUAAAGACAUAUUGGAUUUUACUGUUGUUUUGAACCACUCUGUACACAAAUGACAACUUCAAGCUUGAAAGAUACAUAGCCAAAUUUACCCACCAUGCUUUUGAAGUCUGGAAUAUUGUUCAUUUUGUGUCUGUUUACCCUCCAAGCAAGUCAAAUCAAAGAUCUACAUGACCACGGUUUUCCUGGACUCAGGGAUGUGAAGUACAGGCACUUUUUGGAAGCUUCCAGGUUGAUCAGACACACCACCAACAUCAGGGCGGAGCAAGAUGCACACAGGACGAAGAGGUCGACGCUCUUCACCACGGGGGUCAAAGUGUGUCCCCAUGAGACGAUGAAAGCUGUCAUCACCAGCCAUCGCGCCUACUAUAAACUCAGAGUUUGCCAGGAAGCGAUCUGGGAAGCCUUUCGUAUCUUCUUGGACAGAGUCCCCAACUCCGAGGAGUACAGAGCGUGGGUUUACACCUGCCAGCAUGAAAACCUCUGCAUGGACGACCUGGCCCAGAACUUCAGCAGCUCUCAGGAACAUCUGGACUUGGUGGCCCAAAGGGUGGCUGAGGACUCUGAACAUGAGGGAGUUUUAGAGGGAACCCCAGCUCCAGGAAUGGACUGUACCUGGACCCCUCCGCUGAUUCUGCUUCCAACUGAGGCCAAUGAGAUUAAAGAAGAUCCCAACGUGAUCCCAGAGAACAUGGAGGUGUAUAUUGUGGAGUUCAGUGUCACCAUCGUGGAUCCGUUGUACAGCGAGUUGCUCAGUGAUCCAUCAGCUGCAGAUUAUGAUAUCGCACGACAGCUCACAGACAAGAUGGUUCAGGUGUUUGAAAAAGUUGCAGGUUUCAAAGAGAUCCGAGUGCUGGGAUUCCGCUCGGAGGAUGUGUCUGUGCGUUACGCUGUGGUCUUUAAUGGAGACACGGAGCUCAAUGACGAACCAGAGGAUAUUGAGGUGCCUGGCACAGAUGCAGACGAGGAUGUAAAUGCACCUAAGCUGAGACACAUCAUCGUUAAGGCCUUAAAACAAGAGCCGUCGCUACCUCUGGACAUACAGACACUCAACUUUGAGACGGUAACCACAGUGUUUCCAGUUGCGGAGCUUGGCAUGAAUCCAGUUGAGAGUAUUGCAUCUGAAGCUGCCACUACCCAAACCCCGACAGAAGACAGCACCCCCACCCACAGCUUCUUCCCCACAGUAGCAGUGAUAGAAAACUCAUUGGAAGCAUCUACAGUCGCACCAGAAACACACACCUUUGUGCCUUUCAUCCCCAAUAUCCUGCCAGAGGCCACUUCCGCCGCUACUGAUGAGACUCCUUUAAUGGCGUCGGUAGAGGAGGAGUCGACGGAAGAUGUUACAGAGAAAACACCAGAGAUUAAAGUAGAAACUAUCACAGAGCAAAAGGAGGAAGUAGAGCCAGAAGUGGAUGAGCUGGCACUGUCCGAGGCCAGCCCUGCAGAACCAGUGACAGAGGUACUUGGACCAGCUGAUAUGGCGAACAAUGAACUUCCAGAACAACAUGAUCUUCCCCAGGGAACUCCACAACCCCAACCCCAGCCCGAAGAAUCAAUCACAGAUACCCCGGCUGACAUGAACCCUGCCCCGCCACCGUCUGCUGGUCCUACAGUUACACAAAUAUCCGUCACAGAGGCAGAACUCCCCGCCUCAAAACCUGUAUCUCAUGAGAAUACAAUACAAAGCAUAGAACCGGAACCAAAUAUGGAGCCUUUACCGUCCCCUGCAGAAAGCGGUGAAGCCCCCGAAGAUGGAAACGACACCGGUGGAGGUCACGGCGGAGUCAGCACGGUUUCAAACGUUCGAGAGGAUUUAGAGUCGAGUCAGAAUAGGACAGACGCAGAAAUAACCAAGCUUCUAGAGGAGGAGAGUGGGAGUGGGUUCCCUUCAGAAUCUGAUGAACGUCCACAUGAAUCCACGGCUGCCCCGGCCAUGAGACAGGCCACCACCCCUCUGAUGACAGCCGUGGACAAAAGCAGAGAGUUAGUGGUUUUCUUUAGCUUAAGGGUCACUAACAUGAUGUUUUCUGAUGACCUGUUCAACAAGAACUCACCUGAGUAUAAGUCACUGGAGAAUACCUUCCUUGAACUGACACAGCACUCUGGGUCCAGAAACUCGCCAAACCCUGGAGCCUCCAGUAAAUCUGGGCCUAAGAGACAGACAACUUUAGCUUCCAUACCGCUUUUACCGUAUCUAGAGACCAAUUUGACCGGUUUCAAACAACUGGAAAUCCUCAACUUCCGGAACGGCAGCGUUGUGGUCAACAGCAAGAUGAAACUGGACAAACCGGUACCGUAUAACGUCACAGAGUCUGUACACUGUGUUCUGGAGGAUUUCUGUAACGCAGCAUCUAAACGGCUCGACAUCGAGAUUGACAGUCGGUCCUUGGAAGUAGAACCAGCUGACCAAGCAGACCCCUGUAAGUUUCUGGCCUGCAACGAGUUCUCCCGCUGUGUGGUAAACAGUUGGACGGAGGAGGCGGAGUGUCUUUGCGACCCGGGCUACAGCACCGUGGACGGCCUGCCGUGUCAGAGCACCUGUACGCUGCAGCCCGACUACUGCCUUAAUGGUGGACUGUGUGAAAUAAUCCCGGGGCAUGGAGCCACAUGCAGAUGCCCUGUGGGUAAAUACUGGCACUACCACGGAGAACGCUGCAACGAGCUGGUGUCGAUGCCCGUCGACCCGCCGCUUAUUGUAACAUGCCUCGUGGGAAGUCUCUGCCUUGUCUGCGCUAUCAUCGGCAUUUUGAUAUUUAUUAACAAGAAAUGUUUAAAACCCAAAAAGGCUAUAACGCUGGUGCACACCCUCGCCCCUUAUGCCUUUGAGAAUACUUUGAGGGUGAACCCAGUGUUUGAGAAUGACGAUGGUGUCUUAACUCAAGUGUCCACAUUACCGUGUCCUUCAAGUUCUGCUUCUACUCAGUCCAGACAUUCUGAACAGGAGCAUUUUGCCUCCAUUGAAAAUGUACAUCUAAGUAUCGAGAUCCCCAGACAACUCUACACAACACGAUCAGAAAAGUUAGUGUCUGGAAUGGUGGACUUCCAUCACUGUAUACCACACGACGAGCUGUUUGAAGCACAUAAAGACGUGGCGACCGCCAAAUGAAUACAGAACAUGUUGUCUUCUAAGGGCAUCAGAUAACGAUUGUUUGGAAGUAACGGUGGUUUGAAGAGACCUUGUUCGUAUGAGGAGCAGCCAACACGGUGACAGUGCACAAAGCACAAGGAAUAAAAAAAACCCUGUUUCGGCUGUUAAACUGUACAUGGAUGCAGGUAGACCAGUCCAGUGGUGUUAAACGUGAUUGAGAUUAACAGUUCAUAGCGUCGAAAGUGUCUUGUUAGACAGAUGUGGAUGUUAAAGAGGCGGAUUUAGGUUGUCUUAAUGUGGGACCUAAUAUUUAUUCUAUAUAUUGAAUGGUAGGAACAUUUCCUGUAAGCCCUUGUCAAAGGUUGUUCUUUCCUCACAAUGAGGUAUUUAUUAUUUACAGUCUGAUACUCAUGGUGGUGUCUUACAUUUAGACUGUUCAGUGUGUAUUUGUUAAACCCAUAAAGACCCAGUGUUACGUUUAUGUCACUUCCCAAAUCAAUUUUUCCCUAUUUAUAUUAUAACCUUUCUUAAGUGAUUU